AAUUAUUCGUUCAAUUACGUUAUGAAGGUUUUCUAAAUGAAGCAAAUCAAAUGGAUGAUUUGUUACGUGCCGUUGUUUCAAAAGUUCCUGGCCUGCGUGUGUCACCCACCAAAUGUAUUCACGACUCUCACAAUGGAAAAUGUUACUUUGGUGCCGUUAACCUGGAACUGGACGGAGCCCAACGCAGUAUCGUGCGCCCGAAACUGUCUGCUCACUUACAGAUCGUGUUACAGUUUUAUAUACAGCAAACUGACGAGGAGGUGCAUCUCAGGUAAGCGCCACACUUAUUAAAAUAGUAUUGAAUAAGAUAAAGAUUAUGAAAGGUGGCAUAUUAAUAAAUGUACAUGCAUUCAUUUAUUUAGAGAUCAUUGGAACAUUUUGUUAUUUCAAAUUCUUUAUGCAUUUUAAAUCUAGUAUUUUUAUGAUUAUUUUUUUUUAUAUAACGACUACAUGACUUAAAGUUUCAGUAUUUACUAAGAAUGCUCUAGAUAAACAACACAUAUACCUUUAAAAUAAUUAUGACACCGAUCAGGAGUGACUGGAUUUUCAGAAAUCAUGCAGGAAUAUUGCUAAAGAUGGCUCUUUUUAACAGAAGAAAAUCUGCGGACCAUCCAACACUGAUAUGGUCUUCGUGGGAAAAAACUUAACAGAACAAUAAAGUCCAAUUUUAGAAUAAGAUCUCAGACACCUAAAAAAAUUCAUUUUGAAGAAGUGACACGAGUCGUCCAAUUUGGACUAACAGAACGAAUAUAUUAAGGAAAACCACCUAUCACCAGCCAUUACGUUACAAAUCACUUUUUAAUUUUAUUUGCAGACCAUAAUUAACGAGAUAGGCAUAGUUCAGAUUUAUAAAAAAAUCACAUUUAAAUAUCAGAUUUAUCAGCAUAUCAUGUGUAAAUCAGAUAUAUCAGUACGCUAUCUACAAACUGAUUGUGUGUCCUUCGAAUCGAGGAGGACCACUUUAAGCCUCCGCCUGGUACUGGGUUCAUUCUGUAUGUAAUACAAUAGGCUGAUGAGACCGAUUCUAGGAAAGAAAUUUUCUUGUGAGGUAGGUGCCAUGGAAUGGAUGGGACAUCUCCAGGGGAGGUAAUGAAUCGGGCUGCUCUGGAUUUUAUGUUGCGCUCUUUAUUGAAUUUAGACUUUGUGUAAGGAGUAGUGCCCUGAAGCUCGCUUCUUUGCUGAUUUUCCCCAAAGUGCCCGGGAUUAUUCACUACACUUUAAAAAAAAUAUAUAUUUUCAAUGUGUCUAGGCAACUUUUCUUAAACUAAACAGAUUUGGAGUUCUGUAACUAGCCACCACUACAUCGUAAGCAUUCAAAGAUCUAAACGUCUAAACAUGUCUAUGUUGCAAGGGGGGAAAAAUGGUUUCGGGGGACAAGAAAUGUAAAGAUUUCAAUUCAAUUUUCUUUUACAGGUUCAUGGCUUAUACCAAGCCACCAAUCACGUGAUAUUCACAGCGGAGACUUAUACACCAAAGGAGCGUUUUGCGGCAAAAACUUUACAGUUAAAACAGAAAAUGGCUUUGCUGCUUGUCUGCGGGUUUUCAAAAAUAAAGUAAACUACACUUCGGCUAGAUCUCACUGCAAAGGUAAGGCUAUUGUGUGUGUUAGCUUAUCCGGGAAUGAUUUCCCUAUUAAGUUUCAGAUCUCAAAACAAUACAAUGUAUACAAUCAAAUAAAAAAAAGUACUUUUAUGUUUCUGUCGAUAGUUACAGACCAGGAAUAGUAACAAGAGUACAUGAAAAUUUUAGAUGAAGGCGCAUUAGGACUGAUGUAAUAAAAAUCGGAGUAAAUGAAAACAUUUUGAUAAGCAUCAUGUUUGUAGUUAAUCAGUCAUAUAAUGCUACUAAACAGUUCAGGAUAAAGUCAAACUUUUGGAUAAAGUCAUGUUUGAACUUAAUCCGUCAUAUGUGAUUACAUUUUCAUAGAAUGUUACUUUGUCAUAGAAUAUUACCUUGUCAUUGAAUGUAGAGUAUGUCAUAUAAUGCCUAUCUAGAAAUUAGGGGUGCUCAAACUGUUUUCUGACUAACUACAAUGUCUUCUCAGUUUACGGUGACCCUUGCCUCUCUUAUCCUCUUUUUAGAUUUUCGAAACUAUUCUGAGUUACUUGUAUCUUGUAUUUGGUAUUUAAUGAUCCAUUAGUUUAGCGUAGGGAAAUUCCAUUAGAUUAAGGACAGGUUGGAAUGAAGAGUGAUACGUUUUGGAUUAUAGGAUGGUGUCUGGGAAGAUGGUGUGCAAAGUAAAUGAAAUGGACCCUUGCUUUCACUGAACGUUAGAGGCCAUCGAUAGAAGUAUGUGUGUUUGGAGGUUCAAGAGAGCUGAUGGAUUUCGGGAAGGGAUGUAAACACCGCAACCGUAAACAUUUUUAGUUUUAUCUUCGUUACUCAUAGUGGGCACCAAACAAUCUGAUAUGAAUUUUUGUUUCACAAGAUAUCGGGGCUGAACUCUACACAAUGAAAUCAUUCGAAAAAAAAUCUAUUCUUCACAACGAGGUCAUUGCUAUCAAUGAGAGCGUUUGGAUCGGUCUGGAUGAUUUGAAGACCGAGGGACGAUUUGAAUGGGCUGACGAUGGAACCCCUCUUGAUGCCGACAUGAAAAUUAAGAUGUUCACAAAAGGUAAAACUUUACAUCAAAAUAUAUUAAAUGUAAAAGUAAGGUCACAGGUAGCUAUAACAUUUUAAGGAAUUAGUGAUCUUUUCAUUAUUCUCGUCACUGAAACGUCAUCCAUUUAAAGUUAUUUUGUUAAAACGCCAUUAUAACUAUUUGAUAUUUAAAGUCAUAAAAGUUAUUUUUCUCCUAAAUUUCAUGCAGUGCGUUUUCCAAAUUCAAAUAAUGAUAAUAAAUGUGCCUUAUGUUUUAAUUAUUUACUAAUUUGUACUCCGCUUUGCCUGGGGUUACUUUUAAAUCGAGUCUAACAUAACAGCCCGGUCCACAAGGUGUCCUAUAUUUUAUUGCUGGAAGGGAGACUUAUGAAAUAAUUUUUUUGGAUACAUUUUCAAAGUUACUUGAUAAUAAAAGCUAUUCGAUGAAAGGUCUAUUCCAUAUAGUGCAACGGUUAUCAUUUGAAGGGGGAAAUGAUAAACUUUAAUGGUUGUGUCAUGCUAAUCUUUUACCAAAUCUGGGGGGUAUCACCUUUUUGGAUUAUUCAUCAUUGGACCCAGCCGCAAAAUGAAGUGGCACACGCCUGUUAUCAAGUUAUCUUGUUCUAAAAUUGCUUUCAGAACGCUUGAACGCACUACUUCACAAAUUAUUCUUUAUCUUUCGAAGAAGUGCCAUAUCUAAAUCCUGUAAAUAAUAAAUCAAGGGAAUAUUUAAAAUGUUGAAAUCGGUUUAGGGGCUCCAUAGUUUAAAGUUGUAUUUCUACACCUUUGCCAUUUGUCCACAAAUUGCCAUUUAUUUUUUCACUUCAUCAAAAUCCUUUAUUCCUGAUUAACUAUUUGGAUUGUAAAUCAUUUGAGUGGUCCCGGUUUGGAUCAAGUCCAAAAGAUGUCAUUUAAAUUAUCACGUGAAUGCUGCACCUUUGCAGUUUCUUCUUAUCCACAUUGAAGUAAUCUUUAAAGGAUUAAAUUGUUAAAUUAUAUUCCAAAGCUGUAAAUCAAAAAAUGAGUUGCCGCUAUGAAAACGGAUUAAAUAAAUAUUCAAGGAAAUUUUAUGUUGUUGAAAGUUUGAGAUCACCUGUAAAAAGGCCGGGACAAUACGUGAACAAAGUUAUCUUGUAAUGGGGGCCCCUUUAUAAUUCUUUACAUAAAUAACAUAUGUAACAUUUUAAGCUGUAAUUUGGUUGGUGGGCUUCAGUGUUAAAGGUUAUAAGAAUGAUGUGGUGUCCGUAGGUUUUAAGUAUUACAUUACUGUUAAUAAAAGAACGAAGAGAAUAAGACGGUUGAAUAAGAUACUGUAUAUGGCUGACUGAGAUACUGCUUAUGGAUGAAUGAGAUACUACUUAUGGCUGACUGAGAUACUGCUUAUGGCAGACUGAGAUACUGCUUAUGGCUGACUGAGAUACUACUUAUGGCUGUCUGAGAUACUGCUUAUGGCUGACUGAGAUACUGCUUAUGGCUGACAGAGACACUGCUUAUGGCUGAAUGAGAUACUGCUUAUGGCUUACUGAGGUUAAAACAGAUGAAAGUUAAAAAUGUGUAAACUAUUUUCUGACUGAAAAGAAUCUUGGACAUUGAAAUUUCAAAAUUAUUUUCAAUGUUGGGAUAAAACAUCGCUCUGUGAAUCUGCUUAAAAUAAAAUAUCGUAUUUAUUCAUUUAGUCUUAUUUAGUAUUAGUGUUUUAUAGUUGAUGUAAAGUGUGGCAAUUUUUACUUUUUCAUUUGCCAAAACUUUGGCUGUUUUGGAAAAAAAUAGUUGCCCAAACCAGUUAACGGAUGACUAGCUCAAUAAUGAUACUAUUUGCAACGUUAAGACAUCAUAGUAAAUUAGCUCUCAAAAUAAGGCUCGAUUAUAAUGAGCUAAACUAACUUGCCCACAAGAAAAAACGUAAAUUUUUGCGCAGCAAUGAUCGUUCAAUGUAAGAUUUUAUGAUCGACUUUGUCACAAGGCAAAAUCAUGGAAUCUAAUUUUAUUAGUAUAGCUUAUUAAAAAAAAAAAACAACAUCACAAAUUGUUUCCAACGUGCUCCAACUUGAAGUCGGAAAAAUAAAUUGACCUAACAUAUUCUUCUCCUAUCAUUAUAGAGAUCGUCAUUGCAAAAUUUCAGCAGUCUAGGUCCACCAGUUUUUAAUCUAUAACCAUAAAAAAAGCAGGCAUCACUCAAAUCCACAAACACUAAUCCAAAAAUUACCUUUUUAUAUAUCUACAUAUAUAUAUAUAUAUCAUCAUCAUCACGUCCCUUAGUCUUUGGACCGUUAGGUCGCCACAGAUGAAUUGUGAACCAUCCUGCUCCAUUCGUUUCUGUCUUCUGCACUUCGCACUGCAUCGCCUAGUUUUAGUCCCGUCCACUCUUUGGACGUUAUCUUCCCAUCUUUUUCUCUGUCUUCCUCUUCUUCUCCCUCCUCUUGUUGUGGCCUGACAUAUAUACAUACAUAUAUAUAUAUAUAUAUAUAUAUAUAUAUAUAUAUAUAUAUAUAUAUAUAUAUAUAUAUAUAUAUUUUUUUUUUUUUUUUAUAUCAAANGUGGUGUGUGGAGUACACACGUGUGCUCUUCCUAUAUUUAUAUAUAUAUAUAUAUAUAUAUAUAUAUAUAUAUAUAUAUAUAUAUAUAUAUAUAUAUAUAUAUAUAUAUAUAUCGCUAUAUUGUAUUAUUUUAAAUACGCUAUUGACGUUUAGCGUCAAAAUUUGUCUUUUCAGGUGAGCCUAACAAUUACGAUGAUGAAGACUGCGUGUCGUAUACCCCCAGUGCAGGCUUGGAUGACAGAAGCUGUAGCUUCAAAAAGCCCUAUGUUUGUGAGCUGAAACCCAUUUCUCUUGUUUAACAGAGCUUGGUACAAGAGUUCUAAAGACAAUUGCUCGGAUGUUGGUCUUGUUUUCUCGCCGUUGCUGUAUUUUUCUUUACUCGCCAUACGUUUGAACUAAUAAAAACUUAAUAAAUUUAUGAUUUAACAAAUGUGAACUCUAGUUAGUCACUAGUUCGUAAAUUUUUUAACAGGAAC